AUAUAUAGUCCAUAUAUUACAUGGAGAAAUUCACACUAAUGGAAAAUCAGCCCGAAGAUUCUGCUGGAAUCGAAACUGACGAAUUUCCGGAUGAGUUUCAGUGUUGCGUAUGCCUGGAUAUCUUCUACAAACCAGUUGUAUUGGCCUGUGGCCACAUUUCAUGCUUCUGGUGUAUCUUCCAAUCUAUGGAUUCUUGGAAGGGAUCACAUUGUCCAGUUUGUCGGCAUUCAUAUAAUCAUUUCCCUAGUAUCUGUCAAUUGCUGCACGUCUUGCUUCUGAAGUUAUAUCCAUUAGCCUAUGAAAGAAGGGAAAGACAAGUCAGAGAAGAAGAAAAGAAAAGUGAAUCCUUUUCUCCCCAGUUUGAUGAUUAUUUAGCAGUAUCUCAUACCACUAACGAGUCCGAUAUCGUUAGCGGCUUUUCUCCACAUUCUACUACCUCACAAAAUAAGUUGUAUUUAGAAUCACGUUCUUCUGUUGAAGGGGAAUCUUCCUCAAUCAAGGAUCUUCCAGAAGUUGUUAUGUCUCAUGAUGAUAAAACAAUGACAAUUCCUAUAACAUCGAGCUAUAAAGCCACUAGAGAUGUGACCACCCAGGGAAAUAGCAUGCUUGAAAAGAAAUCUGCUCGUGGAUCUAUCAAUCAGGUGCUUAUUACUGAUUUACUGUGUGCCGCAUGCAAGCAACUUCUCUGUCGACCCGUAGUUCUUAAUUGUGGCCAUGUAUAUUGUGAAGCCUGUCUCGUUAAUCUCGGUGAUGAGGUAUGUAGCUGUCAAAUUUGUCACAGCAUGCAUCCAAAUGGAUUCCCAAAAGUUUGUUUGGUUCUAGAGCAUUUCUUGGAGAAGCAUUUUUCUGAAGAAUAUGCUGCAAGAAAAGACGCUGUACUCAGACAACCUGAUUGUCACCAUGUCAAUCGAUUAACGUGUCCAACACAAGCUCAGAAGCAUGCUGCCGAAUUAUCAUCAAUAUCUACAAAUGCUUACUUGCUCUGGUUGUCUGGCCAAGGGCCCAAGGUUCAUGUUGCUGUUGGUUGUGACUUUUGCGGGAUGUAUCCGAUUGUUGGGGAGCGAUACAAAUGCAAAGAUUGCACGGAGAAAAUGGGUUUUGACCUAUGUGAAAAGUGCUAUAAGAGUUCCUCCAAGCUUCCGGGGAGAUUUAAUCAGCAUCACACACCAGAACACAAGUUUGAGAUUGAAGAGCCAGUUGUUGUCAUGUUGGACCAUUUGUUAUGGAGGCUAGGGACUGCACAGCCCGAAGAAGUCUCCGAUGAUGCGGAUGGCGAAGAUGUUUCCCCUCCUAUCUCAUCUGACGAGACUUUAUUGAAUCCAGAAGAUGGUCCAGCGGCUCCUAUUUCCUCAGAUGAAAAUUUACAAGAUCGAGAUGGAGAUGGUACCGACUCCAGACCCUAGAAUCAUGUCAAGUUUCAUCCAGAAAUAUAUUUGGAAGUGCUUCCCAGCCCCUCAAAUUUUAGGAUGCUCAAAUGUUCUUCAGUUCAUCUUCGCCAAUUUGCCCGUGAUGAUGUGUUUAAUAUACCUCCUGUACAGUUUCCCAAGUCGUUUCUAUUUUAUUUUGAGAGUGAGUACAUGUGAAUACUUGCAUUAUGCGAGCAUCAUGCUGCAUUUUACGGAGUAGCAUGUUGUCCGAGGAAAAAAAAAGACUUCUGUUAAUGUGAAAGCCAGAUUAUUACUCAUUCUAAAUACAAAUGGAUCUGUAGUUUCAGGGGGAAAAAACGAUCUAUAGUUUCUAAUUAUGUGUCAUCAUCAGAGAGGUUUCCUCAGUAUUGAGAUCAUAUAUUGUAUAACUUGCAGCUAUAUUCAUUUACAAACAAGAAUAUAUCUUUCUGUUCUUACGAA